UGCCCACGGGCGCUGAAGGUGCCCUCCUACCUGAACUACCGCUUCCUGGGGGAGAAGGACUGCGGGGCACCCUGCGAGCCCGGCCGCCUCUACGGGCUCAUGUACUUCGGGCCCGAGGAGCUGCGCUUCUCCCGCACCUGGAUCGGCAUCUGGUCGGUGCUCUGCUGCGCCUCCACCCUCUUCACCGUCCUCACCUACCUGGUGGACAUGAAGCGAUUCAGCUACCCCGAGCGGCCCAUCAUCUUCCUCUCGGGCUGCUACCCGCUGGCCGCCUGGGCCGUGCCGGCCAUCAAGACGAUCACCAUCCUGGCCUUGGGGCAGGUGGACGGGGACGUGCUCAGCGGUGUCUGCUUUGUGGGCAUCAACAAUGUGGACGCCCUGCGGGGCUUCGUGCUGGCUCCCUUGUUCGUCUACCUGUUCAUCGGCACCUCCUUCCUGCUGGCCGGCUUCGUGUCCCUCUUCAGGAUCCGGACCAUCAUGAAGCACGAUGGCACCAAAACGGAAAAGCUGGAGAAGCUCAUGGUGAGGAUAGGCAUCUUCAGUGUCCUCUACACAGUGCCGGCCACCAUCGUCAUUGCCUGCUAUUUUUAUGAGCAAGCUUUUAGGGAACAGUGGGAGAGGAGCUGGGUCACGCAGAGCUGUAAGAGCUACGCCAUCCCCUGCCCCAACAACCACAGCAGCCACCACCCGCCCAUGAGCCCCGACUUCACCGUCUUCAUGAUCAAGUAUCUCAUGACCUUAAUCGUGGGCAUCACCUCGGGCUUCUGGAUCUGGUCUGGGAAAACCCUGAACUCCUGGAGGAAGUUUUACACCAGGCUCACCAACAGCAAGCAGGGCGAGACCACCGUCUGAGACCCCUACCCACCGGGCCAGGGGGAUGGCGGGUGGCUGGAGGACCGGGGCUCUGCCUUGGGAAGCAGCUCCUUAUCCAGCCCGGGCAAACUUUGGGGACCGCGAGUUGCUUCCGCAGGC